GUGCGCGGCAGACGACGUCACAACACUGCAUGGGGCCUUCCGGGGUGCGGGGCAACCGGGUGCACCCCGCCCCAGCUUCCCGGACCUUGUUGUCUCGGCCAAUCUUCUCAGGUUUUGCUUCUCGUGACGCCUAAACCUUGGGCUCCUAAACUGGCUGCCAUUCAAACUCGAAACUUUUGCUGUCAUCGGUAUCCCUUCAAAUAGCCGUCAUGGGAACGCGGGAGGCUAGCCACGCGGGAUCGUGGUACGAAGACGACCCUGAAGAGCUCUCUUCCCAGCUCGACGACUUCCUGCACCGCGUUCCCGCAGAGUUGGACUUCACUCCGCUGCCGAUCCCUGGCGCAAGAGUUAUAAUCGCCCCCCAUGCUGGAUACUCUUACUCCGGGCCUUGCGCAGCCUGGGCCUACAAGUCCCUCGAUUUGAGAUCGGCGAAACGGGUCUUCAUCCUCGGGCCGUCCCACACCUACUACCUCCGCGGAUGCGCUCUCACAACAUUCGACAAGUACGAAACUCCCUUCGGAGACCUCGUUGUCGAUAAGCCCACGACGUCCGAGCUGAGGAAAACCGGCCGGUUCUCCGACAUGCCAGCGCGCCGCGAGGUUGAGGAGCACUCUCUCGAGAUGCAUAUUCCGUACUUGUGGAAGAGACUCGAGCAGACAUUUGGCACCGACGUCAGCAAAUACCCGUCUAUUGUCCCUAUUCUGGUCGGCAACGCAUCCGAGCAGGAGGAGAAGUCCUGGGGAGAGCUGCUCUCGCCCUACUUGAAGGACCCCGAAACGGCCUGGAUCGUUUCGUCCGACUUCUGCCACUGGGGUUCACGCUUUAGCUAUCGACCAGAGUUUCACAAAGGCGUGGUUCGUGAUUUGGACAACAAGGACGACGAUUUGAAAGUUUCCCCGGAUUGGGCCCAGGCGGCCGCGGACCCUGAAAGACCUGAGAUCCACGAGGUCAUCAAAGUAUUGGACCAGAUGGCUAUGGAUGCGGUAGAAUCCGGCGCACACAGCGAGUUCUACAAGGUUAUCCGAGAGACCCGCAAUACUGUUUGUGGAAGGCAUCCUAUCGGUGUUACCAUGGCAGCGCUGGAAACGAUUGCUAAAGAGGGGGGUACAAACGCCGGGAAGGGCAAGUUCAGAUUUGUCCAGUACCAGAGGAGCAAUCUUGUGAAGAAGGAACGGGAUUUCAGUGUAAGCUACGCGUCGGCCUAUGCGGUCGUCUGAUACGCAUUCGUCUGAUACGCAUUAAAGAAGGGGAAUUGGGAUCCCUGCGGGGAUCACCCUGGUAGCAAGGAAUCUUUCAUGUCAGUUCGUUCUUUGCCAGUACGUGACCGAAUUAACAACGCAGUAUGGUCGAGAUCUUCGGAACUACUUCGAGAAGAAUGACCGUUCGAAAUGACAACCGAUGUGUUGAAUCAAAUUCAACCCAAAUACAUUUUUGUCGCCUCCAGCCAAGUUUGAACUCUAACGCCCUGGGAGCAAUAGAC